GUUGGCUGUUAAAUACAACUGCAGCAUCUUCAAUACACAGUCCAGUUCCUCCUUUACACAGAUGAAGUAAAGUACAGUUAGGAUUUUGAGAGGUUUACUUGAGCAUAAAUGGUAAGUUAUUUAUUGGUUGGGGUAGGCUAUACAACUUGUUACAUUAGUAUUGUUUAAGUGAUUAUGGUGUGAUAGUUGGUUAUUGAAUUAUAUUGGAAUAUCUGAUUUUUGGAUGCCAUUUACUAAUAUUUGUUUCGGUUUGAUGGUUUUGGUGAUAGGAUAGGGGGAUGAAGAUAAUUUAAUUAUGUUACUUUAGUAGUUGAGGUUUAAAUUUGAGAGAAACCGUCUUGGUCUUACAUAUAUUCUUGCUAUCAUCUUUACCUAUGUUCACAAGUUCAGAGAGGUAUCUGAUUGGUUGCAGUGAAACGUUGCAGGAUUUUUUCCACUUCAGUGCUUUUAGUUAGUUUUGCUAUUCUGUAGAACACUCAAGAAGGGGACUCAAUAGUGUGACAUACUCAGGAUAUUUCAACAGACUGACUCUGUCAACUCAGACAAAGUGCAUCAGGUGUCUACAUUUGACAUGGCAUCUUUUCACAUGAUCUUACUGAUGACGUUAAUGUUUCCUGGACAGCUGCUCAGACCACUAUCCUCUUGCUGUGCUCUGUGAGUAGAUGUCUUCCCAGUCAACUAACCAUGCGAUCCUCUCUCCCUGUGUCCCCUGCAAUCUAGAACCAGAACAACCAUGGCCAGUCGUAAGCGCAUCCUGAGCUCUCCGGGGAAAGGUCCUGCCAGGCGGAACCUGUUUGGCCCAGUGGACCAUGAGCAGCUGCAGCAGGAGUACCAGGACAUAUUGCGCAGAGACCUUGAGGACGCCUGUCGCCGCUGGGACUUCGACUUCCUGUCAGAUAAGCCUCUGGCUGGGGGAGACUUCCAGUGGGAGGAGGUUCCAGGCACCAAAGUGCCUCUCCUCUACCUGCCCUGCCUGUUGGGUCAGGGGGAGGCACAGAAGGUCGGAGGGCCGGCGGCAUCCACAGGGAGGGUCAGGACGGGGCCAUGGCACCAUGGCAAGGAAAACAUCCCUUGCACCCCUGAGAAGUACAGAGCCAACCUCCAGAACCUGGAGAAAACACAAGACAAGAACGAGAACAAACUGAAGAGGAAACAGACCAACCUCACAGGUAGGAGGAUUGGUGUGGUGGGUGGCUGUAGGGGAUGUUUUUUGGGGAGGGUUUACAAGUUGGUAGGGUUGAACUGCUGGUUUACUUCAAUGAAGUUUUGAACACAGAGUCCAAUGCUAACAAAACAUCUCUUGGUGUCUGUGUCUGCAGAUUUCUACCAAGCCAAGAAGAGAGUGGUGGGUACGCCGCCUAAGUCAGGCUGGUGAUUUCAGAGACACAGUCACAGCUGCCAGGGAGCCAACAGUCGGACAGACCCACAGCAAACGCUACUUCUCUCAGGAACCCACAUGCUGCACAGACUCUAGGCACAUAGAGUACAUACAGUACACUUACCUGGAGGAAUACAUAACCAUUACUCUAAACAAACGCAGUGAAAAAUGAAACAACCUAUUUUAUUGAAUCCAUUACCGAUGCAUACUGUACUAAUGAUUUCAAUGUAAGGGGGCUUGUGUUCUUCCUGUGGUAAGGGAGGGACAUUCAAACAGUUCAAAUGGUGCAUCUAAGUUCAUUUGUGAGUCAUGUAAGGACAUCCUCUAAACCUUUAUGACCGUUUAGUGUAAGGAAGACUUGAAAAUCUCACAGUCUGGACAGUUAAGGUCCUGCAUUCGACAGCACUAAAAUGGACCAAUUGAAACCAUGCCUCAGGGUCUACCCAUAAACCGUCUUGUUUUGAUGACCAUGAAAUUAUGAAACCAUACUGUUUACGGUGCUGAGGUUGAAUCUACUGUAAUAUAGUGUCACAUUGAGAGGACUCUUGAAAAAACGACCACAACAACACAAUAGUCUUUAACAAAGUAUUUCCAGUUCAAAUGUCCAAAUGUAUGGAUUUAUGUUUUUUUCUUUAAUGUUUUUUCAUUAUGCUGUGUCUCUUGGGAAGAGGACGAGGAAUCAUGUUAUUGUCUGUCAUUUGCAAGCACUUCCUGUCCAAAGUAUGUAUUGUUGUACAUAUUUAAAUUGUGAAAUCUCAUGUAUCUCAACAUGUAUUUUUAGGAAACUACUUGAAGGGUACUGUCGUGCAUAAAAUUGUUAUGCUUAUAAUGCAAAUUCCUAUAUAGAAAUGUCACCAAUGUUCCCCCUUUCUACCUAACUAGGGCUUCUUGCUAUAAUACUCUUGGAAUUUGUUGAUGGGGACCUCUGCAAUGUUCUUUCAAGCUUUCCAAGUCUUUAUACGAAGUCUAUCUAGCAUAUGGCCAUCUGAACACAAAGCCAGACAUUCAAGUUUCCUUAGAUAAGUAUCAGAUUUAUCUUGAGAUGUUAAUAUCACACUGUUAAGCAGUGAAACAUUUAAAGUUUUCUUGCAGUAUUGCACAAUUUUUUUAAUGUAGCCAACAGCAGGUACAAGUGCCUGUAUGGAAUUUGAAUCUAAACAGAGGGAAAUUGUGUCCUCAGAAACAUAGCUAUUUUUGACUAGGCUACAGCCACUGUUUUCUAUUCUAUUUGAAGAAUAGUGCAAUAAAAUAUACAUGAAGUGUUUUUA